AUGUACGAUUCUACUUACUGGGGUACUACCCUGUUCUUCACUUCAUGCUAUCUCUCGGCAGGCCUUGCCAUCAUUCCCACUGUGUGGUUCAUAUUUCAUGGCCAGUCUGCCGCUGCUUCGUUGGGUGUUUGGGUAACUGUAGCCGACUUGGUACAUGCUAUUAACUCCACAGUGUGGAGGAAGGACGCCAUUGAUCGCUCACCCAUUUGGUGCGAUAUUAGCUCACAGAUUAUCCUCAUAUAUUCUACAGGCUCCAUAUGUUCGUGUCUAUGCAUUGCCAAAUUCUUGGCUUUUGCGUUGUCUCCAUCCUCUAGGAAUAUUAGUCAUGAGGAUCGUCGACGGAUCAACAUUCGGAACUACGUUUUCAGCCUUGGGUUCCCCAUCGCCAUGAUACCUUUUCAUUUUCUCUACUCGCCUACUCGGUUUGGUCUUGUUCGAACGAUGGGAUGUGAAGCCUCAUACGUUUUGUCGUGGCCAACCUUCUUCUUUUUCAUCAUCUGGUCCCCUAUAUUUGGAACUAUCGCCUGCGGAUAUACAGCCUAUGUCGGCUACAAGCUUUUCCAAUGGAAGUGUAGGAACGCUUCACCAAAGAAUUCUACAAAGCUUCCUGUUUUAAGACUGGCAUGGUUGUGCAUCACUUACACAACUGCGGCAGUCCCACUGUCAAUAUAUUACAUGAUCGACACCAUUGUCCGCGGAAACUAUUCGCAUUUUUCUGUUAAAAAAAUCAGAGCCAACUCCACCGGAAUUGAAUACGAAGCUGACAAGCUCAAGCCUACUUUUUAUGAUGCUAUGCCAUUGAUGGGCAGCGGAAUUUACAUCGUGUUUUUCACUUUCUCCGCCGAACUAAGAAACGUAUACAAGCAAUGUUUGUGGAAAACCUUCAAUUUCUUAUUCAAAAACCCAUUCAAAACAAAGCACAUUCCCGAGGAAGCUGAAAAUAGAGGUUUUGGAAAGCAUACCCAAAUUCAUGUCGAUGUGGAUUACGAUACCGAGAUGAUGGAAAUGCAAGCAAAGGCUGAAUCAAGACAGUCAUCUACAACAGUUCCCAUUGCGAGAAAAACUAGUGUAUCGCCUCCACCGCACACAUCCAUGUUUGAGAAUAUUAGAUCCUCGAAGACCAGCUCUGACCAAACGUUUUGUAGCUCCCCGAAUGCCAUGACGCAACUGAUUCCGAAGAUGAAUUGA